AUGGAUGAUCGGAGUGGUGCAAUAGCCGGAAUAGCAAUAGGAGGCAUCGUCAUCCUCGCCCUCAUAAUAGGCGGAUGGUAUUUCUGGCAGCGCAAAAAGCGGAGAACACCGGCACCGACGACCACCCUCACCGACGACGAACUAGCAAGACGAGAAGGCGACGGCGACAAGAUGGUCCUCGGUGCAGACCAGUCCGCCCCUACGGCUGGCGCAUACCAAACACAAUACCAAGAAAUGUCGGGCAACGGCCUCACGCAGGAACUGGAUCGGUCGCACUCGUAUAAGCAUGCGAUAGGAGGAGCGCACGAGCUCAGAGCUGAGGAACAACCGGGCGAGUUACCGUAUAAUGGGAUGGAAGAACAUGGGCGAGCGGAUGAGGCUGGGGUCGUCGGAAUGGACGAUGGCGGUGAUGGCAGGAAUGCGGAGAUGAUGUCAGUACCGGGAGCGAAUGAUACAACGUCACAAGUCUCGCCACAUGUGGAAGCGCAGAGAAAGAGAGAGGUGGAGUGGUUGGAGAUGGAAGAGACGAGGAUGAGACAGCGGCGAGAAGCACUUCUACAACAAGGUGGUGGUCAACACACGUAA